AUGAGCCAACCUCCAUUGCAAGAAUACUCUGAUAGUGAGAUAGAUUACGAUCACGAGAUAAAUCACGAAGAAGACGAGGAAGAUUGGCAAGAUGCUGAGGAGGACCAUCCUACACACGCAUCUACUGCAACUACGUCUAUAACGACAGCAACAGCAGCAGCAGCCACUACUACUGCUACCAAUGCUAGUGGGUCGACAAAAGAGGCAGAAAAGAGGCACAUUAUCAACGAAGCUGAAUUGAGAAAGAAAAUUAAGGAAAUUCAACUUGAUCAGACCCUUACACCGAGGGACAAAGCCAAGCAAAUACAGUACUUGAUGUCGCAUGGCACCACGCAUCCACCUGCUCACAAUCAAUCUGACACCAGCCUCAAUUCAACUGAAAAUGACUAUAGCAAAUCGUAUAACAACGAAGAGAAAGAGAUUCUAGGAUGUAAGCACUACCAAAGGAAAUGUAAAUUGCAAGCCAAUUGCUGCCAAAAGAUUGUAACCUGUCGAUUUUGUCAUGACGAUGUGGAGGAUCACAACAUUGUGAGAAACGAGACCAAGAAUAUGCUGUGUAUGUUAUGUAUGACAUUGCAACCGGCCGCUCAAGAUUGCAGCAACUGUGGAGAAAGAGUGGCCCGCUAUUAUUGCGACAAAUGUAAGCUCUGGGACGAUGAUCCAAAAAAGGCCAUCUAUCACUGCGACGACUGUGGCAUUUGUAGACAAGGCAAUGGAUUAGGAAAGGACUUUUUCCACUGUAAAAAGUGUAAUAUCUGCUUGAACAUCACCAUGAAAGAUCACAAGUGCAUUGAGAGAAAUCUGGAGAGCGAUUGUCCCAUCUGUGGUGAAUACAUGUUUACCAGCACAUCGACUGUCAUUUUCAUGCCUUGUGGACAUUGCAUUCACAAACACUGUUAUACAGCCUAUAUCCAAACAUCAUAUCAAUGUCCCACUUGUCUCAAGUCGUUAGGCGACAUGUCUGAAUACUUUAAUCGCCUCGACAAAGAUUUGGAACGUCAACCUAUGCCUGCAGAGUAUGAAAAGUUUAUAUCACACAUUUUUUGUAACGAUUGCGAGGAAAAGACGCCUGCCAAGUACCAUUUCUUUUACCAUAAAUGUGGUAAUUGUGGAAGUUUCAAUACAACGGUUCUCAAGACGGAAAACACAGAAGAGACAGCACAAAAGGCUGCUGCUGCUGCUACUAUUGGUAAUUCAUCUUCAUCAUCCUCAUCUGCGUUGGAUGCACCCAGUUCAUCUACGAGUAACGUACCUGCUGCCACUGCCACUGCUGCUGUGGAAAAUGUAUCCAACGAGACAGCAGGUUUAUCCUCAAAUUCAGAUCAAGAUCAGGGCAUGCAAUCACAGCUGGGCAACGCAGCAAGUAAUGCCACCACACCUGCUUCCUUCUUGGGCAUUGGCGGCUACAUUAGAAACCCUCCUCCAUCAUCCGCAUCCAGCUCAUCAUCAAGAGGUAGAAAUGGCAAUGAAUCAAAUGAAGGAUAA